UGCAGCCUCCCAAUCCUCUCAGACCCUCUUUUCGCCUGUUCCCCCACUUUCCUCCUCCUCAUCCUAACCGCCUCCCGAGCCUUAGGCGAAAAUUUCCUAUCUGGCGAAGGACAGCUCUCGAUAUUCCUCAAAAGCUGUCCGUUCACCUCUGCCAAGUACUCCACAGUAUCCUCUGCCUCCGCCACCUGUUCCCAAACAGUCUCCAAAUCCAAGUUCUUCGAUUUCCUUCCCUUUUUACCCGUUUCUUCCAAUUUUGCCCUUAGGAUACCCAGAGUCGUCCGAAGAUUCUCCAGUCGAGCCCCGUCCAUCGAGAGCCUCUCCAGAAUCUUCCGCUCGUUUUCGCAACUUUUUCUCGGGAGCUCCACCCUCAGCUCCUUCUCGAUAUCUGAGUCGGAAGAGAGGCGGAGGGACUCGCCUAUGGUCAGCUCCGGGCUUUCCCAGGCCCGGUCAAGAGGGAUGUCUUUCAUGGCGGAAGUCAACUUUCGAGUUUUUCUCGAUGCUUUCGGGAACUCGACCUUCUGUGAAGCGUGGGCUUGUUUGUUUGCUCCAUUAGUUUCGAGAUUGCUGGCUAACGAGUUGUUUUCUGGAUGUGUAGUUUCAGAAGAGGCGCAUUUACGAGGUGCAUCUAUGACUGGAGCAUAUGCGUGCAGCCGAGAUUUCAACACGAUGAUCUCGUUCUCCAUUGAGCGAAUGUUCCCUUUCAUUUCC